AUGCCUUUCGCCAGUCUGAGGCGUAGAAGUACAACCGCUGAGCGGAGUGAGCCUCAAGCAGACGAACCGAACAAACCUCCUGUCAACAGAGGUCGCUCCAUUACUCUUCCUUCGAUCUCUUCUCGCAAAAGCUUCUCUUCCUUGAUUGCCUCGAGCAUGCGAGGACGGUCCACAACUCCUUCUCCACGAAAGUCAGAAGCAGAUUCUCUGGAGGGAGAAUUGUACCCUACAUAUGAUGCUUCUGACCAUGACAACGAGCCUCACAGGGCCUCUCGGCCCCCCUCAGCCGAGAAGCCCAGACGAUUCAGGCGAGCCCCAAGUCCACACCCCCUCAAAGGAUCCAAGACCUCAACGAGCUCAAGACUGCCCAAGAAGAACCGGAACAUGCUGAACAGAGCCCGCUCUCAUUCCUCGUUGACCGACUCUUCCCCAACCAAGUCCUUUCUUCAUACGCUGGCGGACGCUCUCAAGACCCCAACUGCUCUCUUUUCCAACAACUACAAACACAGGAGCAGUUUCGACACUGAUGACACCUCCGAGAACAGUCCAAUUCACAGUGGCGAGAGCAGCCCGAGGAAAUCCGUUAGGUUUAGGCCAGGAACCUCCAUCAUCGGACUUCAACCGAAAUCCGCUCCGAUAGACAUCCCAAAGACAACUCCAGCUUUGCCUCCUGUGCGGCUGGCGACCACUCCAUUGCAGCAAUGCCUCAAAGGCGAUCAGUCAGAUCUUGUACCUACAGCGCGACCGACGGAAACACCAAUCCUGAAGUCGUCGGCAACAUUCCGUCAGGCAAUUGCGACAACCGACCCAGUUGACAUAUUGAAGGAUUUCCAAGGAAACGAACGCAUUAGCGAUCCAGCCGAUAUCAUGGGUCUUCCAACUCCGUUUCCAGGGACGAUUGUUGCCAUAGACAAUCCCUUUGAAGACCCGAUCGACCUGGAUGACCCUGAAUUAAUACGCAACAUGCUUCAAGAGUACGAUGGCAGCUUCACAAGUCGGACACCACAAUCUCGACAACAUCAAGAAUCUUUCGGGGACUAUAAUGUCCCAUCACUUGAGACAUCCAAUCAAGGAGCCAGUGACUCCACUUCGGAGGACAUCAAACAGGAAUGUAACGGAAGGCUAGUUUGUCCAGAUGUUGAACCCAGGCAAACUAAACAAGCUACGUUGGCAUCGGUCACGGCUGAGGAAUCAGACCUUCACACUCGAGAUGGAACUGGUCUCGAAGAGACGCCCGCCUCCUCGGCUGCAGGUAUCAGCCAGGGAGCCGUACCAUGCCACAGCACGCAAGAACAGGGGAAGGAAAGUAAAAUAGGGGUGUUGGCUAGGACAAAUAUUCAUGAGGAAGGGACCGGUUCCCGGAGUUCAAUGAGUUCAGAGUCUGUCACUUCUACACAUGGAGGUGUCACUUGGACCGCUGAGCUUGCUUUACGAAAGCACAGACGGGAUGAAACGACGGAACUGGGAACGACCACAUCUGGAUUGCAGGAUCCGCAAAAGAUGUCUUCGGGUAUAGCCCAAUCUGCAGUAGUGAAUCCUCGCACAGAUGACCUCCUGGCGAAGAGUGAGAAGUUGUAUCCUCCAAGGGCCGAAGCUCCAUGCUUUCAUCCGGCAGAAGAGCUUGCGAAACUCUCAGAUACAGGAAUUGAGCGAUUUACUCCAUCACCCUGCUCUGUCGCCCUGCCUAUAUCCGUCCAACCAGAAUCACGCCAUGUUCCCCGCGAGUACAGCGAUCAAUUUGGCUGGUCACCUUUCGAUGACUACGAGUUCCAAUUUGCAACACUAGCAUUCAUCGACGACUCAGAAGACGAGUUCCGACAUCUCGUUUGUCAGCGCGGUGGAUUGUGGAUUUUCUGGCACUGGUGUGACCUGCCUCAAGAGACAGCACCUUCACAACGUACCAGAGGCCUGGUGAGCUGGGAAAUCGACGACAUUUUGUGCAUUGUUCGCCAGCAGAAUCGUGUACCCAGGUCGGUAUACUCUGACAUGAUAGAGGCGUUCAAAUACCGAACUCGACUUGCCUUCGUAGGGAAACAGGCGUCUUUGGGAGAAACCGUUCCCUUGCGUACAUCAAUAUCGACGCACGAAUCGGAGGACACAGAAGAGUCCUUUGAUAACGGUUCCAUGACCCAUGAACUGGAGGCUGUGGUUGAUGAUGAGGGUUAUGAAGGUUCGCUCAGUGCAAAUCAUGAUUCGGAACCAGCGUCUAGUUUGAACCAAAGUUGGGUCAAGAGAUGGUCUCCUUCGUGGUCAUCGAAGCUAGGCAUGCAGAUGGGAUAUGGAGAGACCUCAAAGCCAGGCGAGGGGCUAAAGAGUUUUAAAUAUCGACUAUGGAGUCCUUUUGGCCCUACUGUGGACGUUGCACAGGCGAACACAGCUUGCGUUGUGGACGAAAGAGCCCCGUUCAGUUAUGGUCUGUGGAAACCUCCGUCCUCCCUCAAUUCCUCGGACGGAGAUGCGACUAUGUGUCGAGGCCAACAUUUGAGCAAGAUAACCACGGAAGGAAGAUUGUCGUCCCCAGCAGGACAGCUCAGAGCGAAUUGUUCGAAACAGACUGCCGCAAAUCAUGUUCAUUCAGUCCAACUGGAGUAA